AUGGCUCUUACUUUUCCUGGCAUGUUCUCGCUGGAGAACAGGACAGCUGUCAUCACAGGAGCAACGAGAGGCAUCGGAGCCGCAAUGGCUGUUGCUCUUGCAGAAGCAGGUGCUGAUAUUGUUUUGAUCCAGAGAGAUACCUCCAACACUGCCACAAAACAGGCAAUCGAGUCCCUCUCCCGCAAAGCAACCAUCUACACGGCCGACUUGGCUUCGCAAUCCGACGUCUCGGGUCUGGCUAAAAGGAUUCUCGACGACGGCCACGAUGUCUCGAUCCUCGUCACCUGCGCUGGCAUCCAGCGCCGCCACCCGGCGCACGAGUUCCCGCUCUCGGACUGGGACGAGGUCCUCCAAGUCAACCUGACCACCGUCUUCACCAUGUGCAGAGACUUUGGGGCGCACAUGCUCACUCGGCCGGGCCCACAUCGCGGGUCCAUCGUCAAUAUUGCCAGCCUCGUCAGCUUCUCCGGUGGGCUCACCGUCCCAGCGUAUGCCAGUGCCAAGGGAGGGAUUGCACAGCUCACCAAAGCCCUGAGCAACGAGUGGGCGGGCCAAGGGGUGAACGUCAACGCCAUUGCCCCCGGGUACAUCAAGACAGACAUGAAUGAGACCUUGAUCAACAACAAGACGCGCGCCAGGCAGAUUCUCGAGCGCAUACCCAUGGGGAGAUGGGGCACCCCGGAGGACUUCAAGGGCCCUGUCGUAUGGUUGGCAAGUCCUGCGAGCGCGUACGUGUCCGGUCAUAUACUGGUUGUUGACGGUGGGUGGAUGGGGAGGUAG